AUGGAAACCGCGGCAUUCUCCGCCUCCUGCGCGCGGGUCGCGCGGCUUUCCUCCCCGCCAUGCGUCUCCCCGCGUAACCCCUUCCCGCCGCGUGCGAUCUCCGAGGGUGCAAAAACCAUGAGCGCCACCAGCGUAGCCACGUCCUCGUGCAAUGCCACGCCAGCACGCAGUCAGCACCACGCGUCCGUCCGGUGCCACGUAGUAAACGGCCGCUCCAGUGGCAUCCAGUUGUCACCAACUCCUGACGUCACCGAGGCAGCCGUGCGGAGCGACGGUGCGACGGGCCACGUGUCCGAUGCUGAUAGGCGGCAGCAGACAGUGGCGGCAAUCGCGGCGUCGGGGAUCGUGGCGUGCGUGCGCGCCGACAGUGCUGACGUGGCGCUCUCCGCUUCUCGUGCUGCGCUCUCCGCGGGGAUCCGAGUAGUGAGUCGCCGCCUCCCCACCCACACCAUGCCUGCCGUCUCUUCUACACACAUCUGCCGCCCAGCACCACCCCUUGAGGUCACAUGCACAACCCCUGGCGCUUUCCAGGUCAUUGCAUCACUAGUCACGGAGUUCCCACAUGCCACCAUAGGGGUGAGUGAUGCCAUGCUGCCACCCACCAUGUGCCCCCCCUGCCUACCACAGGCGGGCACAGUUCUCUCAAUGCAAGACGCCAUGGCAGCUCAACGUGCUGGUGCUCGCUUCCUCAUGAGCCCUGCCACUGAUGCGGAUAUAGUGGCAGCACAUGCAGCAGGUCCCAUGGUCUUCAUACCCGGUGCCAUGACUCCCACCGAGAUCCUCUCAGCGUCGCGCCUUGGAGCUCCCCUGGUCAAGCUAUUCCCAGCGCCCUAUGCAGGGGGGCAGGCACUGGUGAGGGCCAUGCACCGAGCAGUGCCCUCCAUCGGGAUAGUGCCGGCACAUGGCAUUCAGAUGGCAUCCCCCGCAUCUCCCGCUCCGCCCGCCUCCUUUUCCCGCACCUUCGCCUCCAAUCCGAAGCUCCAUCUCCCGCCGCUCGAACCGAAAUUCGCGCGGCUCGCGCAGGACGUUCUGGACGGCAAUCUGCACGCGCUGAGCCGCGCGAUCACGCUCUGCGAGUCCGUGCGCGAGUCGCACCGCCCGCAGGCCGCGGCGCUGCUGCAGCACGUGCUGGAGGCGGUGCGCGCGCGGAAGGCGCAGGCGGGGAAGGCUAGGGAUGGAAUCUUCAAGAUCGGAAUCACGGGGCCGCCCGGCGCGGGGAAAUCGUCGCUGAUCGAACGUGCGUCUGCUGGGGAUGAGGAGUAUAGGAUCAGACGCGGCAGAGAGAGAGGGGGAAAAGAUAUAGGAGAAGCCUGCACGUGCACGCAGUUGAGGACAGCAGCCGAGUACCCGUGCCUGGGCAUGCACGCGGUGGAGAACGACAGGCGAGUAGCCGUGCUGGCCAUCGACCCGUCACCGCACAGCAGGGGAGGGUCCAUCUCACUCCCCCCAUCCCUUUCUCCAAACCUGCCCCCAGGCCUGGGCAUGCACGCCGUUCAGGACGACAGGCGAGUGGCAGUAUUGGCCAUCGACCCAUCGUCACACAGCAGCGGGGGGUCCAUUCUGGGAGACAAGACGCGCAUGGAGCGCCUCUCCGCGCACCCCUCCGCGUUCAUCCGCCCCACGCCCUCGCGCGGAGAGGUGGGGGGCCUCGCGCGCAACACUGCUGACGCCGCGCUGCUGUGCGAGGCGAGUGGGUGUGACGUGCUACUGGUGGAGACGGUGGGGGGCGGGCAGGCUGACGUGGCAGUGGCGCAGAUCACAGACAUGGUGCUGCUGUUGCUGCCGCCCGCUGGGGGCGACGAGCUGCAGGGCAUCAAGAAAGUGCCGUUCAUUCAUUCCCUUUCACUGUGCAGUAGAGUAGUGGUGGAGGUGGUGGUGAACAAGGCAAACGGCGCCAUGGAGGGGCUCGUUCCACACCCUCUCCCCCUUUUGAGGCGCCUCAAAAGAGAGGGGCUCGUCCCACACCCUCUCCCCCUUCCUCAGCUGCCAUCAUCGUUCCACACCCUCUCCCCCUUCCUCAGCUGCCAUCAUCGUUCCACACCCUCUCCCCCUUCCUCAGCUGCCAUCAUCGUUCCACACCCUCUCCCCCUUCCUCAGCUGCCAUCAUCGUUCCACACCCUCUCCCCCUUCCUCAGCUGCCAUCAUCGUUCCACACCCUCUCCCCCUUCCUCAGCUGCCAUCAUCGUCCCACACCCUCUCCCCCUUCCUCAGCUGCCAUCAUCGUUCCACACCCUCUCCCCCUUCCUCAGCUGCCAUCAUCGUUCCACACCCUCUCCCCCUUCCUCAGCUGCCAUCAUCGUUCCACACCCUCUCCCCCUUCCUCAGCUGCCAUCAUCGUUCCACACCCUCUCCCCCUUCCUCAGCUGCCAUCAUCGUUCCACACCCUCUCCCCCUUCCUCAGCUGCCAUCAUCGUUCCACACCCUCUCCCCCUUCCUCAGCUGCCAUCAUCGUUCCACACCCUCUCCCCCUUCCUCAGCUGCCAUCAUCGUCCCACACCCUCUCCCCCUUCCUCAGCUGCCAUCAUCGUUCCACACCCUCUCCCCCUUCCUCAGCUGCCAUCAUCGUUCCACACCCUCUCCCCCUUCCUCAGCUGCCAUCAUCGUUCCACACCCUCUCCCCCUUCCUCAGCUGCCAUCAUCGUUCCACACCCUCUCCCCCUUCCUCAGCUGCCAUCAUCGUUCCACACCCUCUCCCCCUUCCUCAGCUGCCAUCAUCGUUCCACACCCUCUCCCCCUUCCUCAGCUGCCAUCAUCGUUCCACACCCUCUCCCCCUUCCUCAGCUGCCAUCAUCGUUCCACACCCUCUCCCCCUUCCUCAGCUGCCAUCAUCGUUCCGCACCCUCUCCCCCUUCCUCAGCUGCCAUCAUCGUUCCACACCCUCUCCCCCUUCCUCAGCUGCCAUCAUCGUUCCACACCCUCUCCCCCUUCCUCAGCUGCCAUCAUCGUUCCACACCCUCUCCCCCUUCCUCAGCUGCCAUCAUCGUUCCACACCCUCUCCCCCUUCCUCAGCUGCCAUCAUCGUUCCACACCCUCUCCCCCUUCCUCAGCUGCCAUCAUCGUUCCACACCCUCUCCCCCUUCCUCAGCUGCCAUCAUCGUUCCACACCCUCUCCCCCUUCCUCAGCUGCCAUCAUCGUUCCACACCCUCUCCCCCUUCCUCAGCUGCCAUCAUCGUUCCACACCCUCUCCCCCUUCCUCAGCUGCCAUCAUCGUUCCACACCCUCUCCCCCUUCCUCAGCUGCCAUCAUCGUUCCACACCCUCUCCCCCUUCCUCAGCUGCCAUCAUCGUUCCACACCCUCUCCCCCUUCCUCAGCUGCCAUCAUCGUUCCACACCCUCUCCCCCUUCCUCAGCUGCCAUCAUCGUUCCACACCCUCUCCCCCUUCCUCAGCUGCCAUCAUCGUUCCACACCCUCUCCCCCUUCCUCAGCUGCCAUCAUCGUUCCACACCCUCUCCCCCUUCCUCAGCUGCCAUCAUCGUCCCACACCCUCUCCCCCUUCCUCAGCUGCCAUCAUCGUUCCACACCCUCUCCCCCUUCCUCAGCUGCCAUCAUCGUCCCACACCCUCUCCCCCUUCCUCAGCUGCCAUCAUCGUUCCACACCCUCUCCCCCUUCCUCAGCUGCCAUCAUCGUUCCACACCCUCUCCCCCUUCCUCAGCUGCCAUCAUCGUUCCACACCCUCUCCCCCUUCCUCAGCUGCCAUCAUCGUUCCACACCCUCUCCCCCUUCCUCAGCUGCCAUCAUCGUUCCACACCCUCUCCCCCUUCCUCAGCUGCCAUCAUCGUUCCACACCCUCUCCCCCUUCCUCAGCUGCCAUCAUCGUUCCACACCCUCUCCCCCUUCCUCAGCUGCCAUCAUCGUUCCACACCCUCUCCCCCUUCCUCAGCUGCCAUCAUCGUUCCACACCCUCUCCCCCUUCCUCAGCUGCCAUCAUCGUUCCACACCCUCUCCCCCUUCCUCAGCUGCCAUCAUCGUUCCACACCCUCUCCCCCUUCCUCAGCUGCCAUCAUCGUUCCACACCCUCUCCCGACAACUGCCAUCAUCGUUCCAGACCCUCUCCCGACAACUGCCAUCAUCGUUCCAGACCCUCUCCCGACAACUGCCAUCAGCUGUGCCUUUGCACUCUCUCCCCCUUCCUCCCUUCCUCCCUUCCUCUCCUCUCCUCAUUGCCCUCGGGCAGGAGUGGUGGAGAUGGCUGAUCUGGUGGUGGUGAACAAGGCGGACGGUGCCAUGGAGGGAGUGGUGGAGAUAUCGGACCUGGUGGUGGUGAACAAGGCAGGCGGUGCCACGGAGGGGGCGGCGCUGGCAGUGCUGGCAAUUGCCGACCUGGUGGUGGUGAACAAGGCGGAUGGCGCAAUGGAGGGGGCGGCGCUGGCAGCAGUGGGCGAGUACAGCAACGCGCUGCACUUUGUGCACCCACGCUAUGACUUCUGGAUGACCCCGGUAGUGGCAUGCAGCACGCGCACAGGGCUGGGCAUAGAGGACGUGUGGAAGAAGAUAGGCAAGUUCCAGGAAGCCAUGCGCUCGUCUGGUGAACUGCAACAGCUGAGGGGCGCUCAGAACAAGGCACUGCUGUGGAGCACCGUGGAGGCAGAAAUACUGUACAAGAGGCAAGCUUCAAGGGCUGAUGAGUAUCAGCAGCAGUACCAGCAGCAGCAGUCGUUUCCUCUCUCCUCCCCCGUCUCUCCCCUCGUCGACCCCCCUGUUGACGGCGAGGCGGCUCUCGGCAAUGCUCUUCUCGCGGCGCAGAAUGCGAUAAUGGGGCUCGUGCGCCUCGUCGACGCCGUCAGCCAGAACCAGCGCGCCAUGAAGCAACAACAGCAGCAGCAGCAGCGCCAGCAGGUCGACACCCUCCACCAGCUUCAGUCCUCCCUCUCGUUCGCCGUCCCCGCUCUCAACGCUCUCUCCCAGGCUCCCGUUUCCGCCCCCCUCCCCGCGCCGCAUCCGCUCAUCGCGCACGACGCGCCCUCUCCGGCACCAUCUGCGGCAACAUCCUUCGCGCCAUCCCCCGCAUCUUCCGAGGGUUCCCAUCCGUCGUCGCUGCCUAUUCUCGAGAAGGUCUUCGCGGGUAAGCGCUCCCGUGGUGGCGACUCCGCCAAGUCUGUCCGCGGAAAGCGCGCCAAGCAGGAGCCGACUUCUCUCGACGCUGCCACGUGGUCGUCGGAGGAGGAAGACAAGGAUUCCGACUCUGAAGUUGUCGUGUGCAACGCGGCGCGCGACCAGGGCCCGCGCUACAAGGGCGUGCGCCAGCGCAAGUGGGGGAAGUGGGUUUCGGAAAUCCGCGAGCCCCGCAAGCGCACGCGCAUUUGGCUUGGCUCCUUCGACUCACCUGAGGAUGCCGCCCGCGCUUACGACGUCGCCGCGCGCCUGCUCCGCGGAUCCAAGGCCUCGCUGAACUUCCCCGGCAGUUUCCAGCUGGUUCCGCUGCCGCCCGCUACCGCCGAGACUCUGCUGAAGGCGAGCCGCGAGGCCGCAAAGAUGUUCGACACGUCAGAAAUCGCCGAUGCGCUCGAGAAAUCCCUGCAGGGUCAGGCCAUCCACACCGCCGGCCUUUCCCUCCCAUUGUCCCCCGCCUCGCCCUCAUCCCCCGUUUCCCCCGCUGCGCCUGCGUCGCCUGCGUUUAUUCCGGAGUUGGAGCCGUCGCACGCAAUGGGCGGAGUGAAGCUGGAGGCGACUGAGAGCGAGACGAGCAGCGAGGAGGACGCGGAGUGCCUGAACUCGCUGCUUGCGGACCUGGCGCCGAUCGAUAACACGGACAACAUCUUCCGCGACAUGCUUGAUGAUUUCGAUGCGUUUGAUGCGUCGCAGAUUGCUGCUUCCGGUGAUGCGGAAUUCUUCGGCGUGUGGGCCAAUUAG